UAUUUAUGAAUGAUGAGAGCCCCUCUUUCCUUAUAGAUCAUAAGAGAAGCAUCUUCUUCUUCGACCAGAAAACCCACACAUAUUGCAUAGGUCCCCCACCCCACCUUCAUCCUUAUCCUAAUCAAUAAUCAUGGAGGAGAAUCCAUGGGGGAGUUGGUCUUCCGAUAUGGAAGUGGAUGACGAGGUUGCGAAUGAAAGUUUGUGCCACACGAACCUUUUUGAUGAAGAGUUCCUAAGAGAUAUUCUGCAACGGCCACAAGAGGGUGCUCCAAAUCUUAACAACUCAUCCAUCAUGUCGUCUCUUUGUGCUCAAGACAUUAAGCCAACUACCUUAUUUCCAACCACUUACAUACUCUCUUUCGACAAUUCCGCUGCAUUGUUACCAACAGAAACUGAUCGUGAUUCUUCUUCUUCCAAAUUGCCCUCAUCAAAUUCAAGGGCCAACCAUGGAAUCAAGAAGCCUGGAAGCGCUUCGGAGUCACUGAAUCACAUCAUGUCAGAGAGAAAUAGGAGGCAGGAGCUCACCAGCAAAUUCAUUGCACUUGCUGCCACUAUCCCUGGCUUGAAGAAGAUGGACAAGGCCCAUGUACUAAGAGAAGCUAUCAAUUACGUGAAACAACUACAAGAACGUGUAGAAGAGUUAGAAGAAGAUAUCCAGAAGAACGGUGUAGAAUCAGAGAUAACCAUAACAAGAUCUCAUCUCUGCAUUGAUGAUGGCACGAACACUGACGAAUGCUAUGGGCCCAAUGAAGCACUUCCUGAAGUUGAAGCCAGAGUCUUAGGGAAGGAAGUGUUAAUCAAAAUUCACUGUGGCAAACAUUAUGGAAUUCUGCUUGAAGUAAUGUCUGAGCUCGAACGUCUUCAUCUCUACAUAUCCGCUAGCAAUGUCUUGCCUUUUGGGAAUACCCUUGAUAUCACCAUUAUUGCUCAGAUGGGUGACAAAUACAACUUGGUAGCGAAGGAUCUAGUGAAAGAACUGAGACAAGUGGCUAUGAUGAAGUCAUGUUAUGUGCAACAAUGAUCCGGACUUGAGAAUGAGAAGUUAUAAAAUCGUUUCUCUUUCAAUAGCCUGUUUUGUUUUCGUAUGUUGAGUCAAUAAAAAGAUAGAGACUAUGUUUGCUCGGCGUUAGUGUGUGUAUAUAUAUGCUUCAUUAUGAUAUCAUAUAUCAUACUUAGUCUUGGACGACGAUAAUCAAACUUGAGGCUGACCGUGUAUCAUGAUCCAGGAGGAUAUAGAUUUAAUCUAUAAUUUAUAACAGAAAUAAAAGAGUCAACAAAUUUUGAUCUGCA